GUUCUUGAUCUCACAAAGUGAAAGUAGAUACGGAGGACAUAACGGUAAAAUUGGUUCCGUUAGCCGGAUGGGCAUUUGUUUAUACAUCUUGCCUAUGUCCACGACCAUCUGAAGAAAAUGCCAACCCUGGCAACAGUAAGGAUUAUCUCAGCAUUUUCAACACCAAGACAUCGAAUAUUUUCAUCACUUCACAAAGUUAUAAUGGACAACGUGACUCCACCAAAGCCCGGAGCCAGAGCAGCCAGCUCGUUUGUACACGAUAAGGCUUUUGUUAAUGGGGAAUGGGUACCAGCCAGCAGUGGCAAAACCUUUGAUGUCGUGAACCCUGCCAAUGGUAAGGUCAUCGGGUCAGUGCCGGACAUGGAUGCAUCGGACACGGAGAUGGCCAUUAAGGUCGCCUACAAGGCAUUCCAGAGUUGGAAAGAAACCACUGCAAAGGAACGAAGCGUUUUGCUGAAAAAGUGGGCAGAUUUGGUCAAUCAGAACAGGGAAGAGCUAGCCAAGCUUCUCACAUCGGAGAUGGGGAAACCUGUGGCAGAAUCUGCUGGCGAGAUCAUGUAUGGAGCAGGGUUUUUGGAUUUGUUUGCUGAAGAGGCUAAACGUGUGGAAGGGGACAUAAUUCAGACUCCCAUGAAGUCGCGUAGAAUCCUCGUCUUGAAACAGCCUAUUGGAGUGUCAGGAAUGAUAACUCCAUGGAAUUUUCCUAAUGCUAUGAUCACAAGGAAGGCGGGAGCAGCCAUUGCUGCUGGAUGUACAGUUGUCCUUAAACCUGCGGAGGACACACCAUACUCCGCUCUUGCACUCUGUGAGUUGGCAAAAGAAGCAGGAAUACCAGCCGGCGUCCUAAAUGUGGUGACAUCUUCCCGGGACAAUGCUAGUCAAGUUGGAAAGAUGAUAUGUGAGAGCCCUCUGGUGACGAAAAUGUCAUUUACUGGAUCAACGUUUGUGGGAAAGCUAUUACUGCAGCAGUGUGCCUCCACAGUUAAGAAAGUGUCUCUGGAGCUAGGAGGAAAUGCCCCAUUCAUCGUGUUUGAGAGUGCAGAUGUUGAUGCUGCCGUCCAAGGCACAAUGGGAGCCAAGUUCAGGUGUUCCGGACAGACCUGUGUGUGUGCCAACAGAAUUUACGUCCACGAGAGCAUUUUUGAUGAAUAUGUACGCAAGUUUGCAGCAGUAGUCGAGAAAGAUUUAAAAGUGGGUGACGGAAUCCUUCCCGGGACUACGCAAGGCCCACUCAUCAACAAAAAGGCCGUGGAAAAGAUUGAUGCCCAUGUACAAGAUGCCGUCAGUAAGGGGGCAAAGGUUGUGUGCGGUGGAAAGAGCAUGGGAGGAAACUUCUACGAGCCCACCAUUCUGACAGGAGUCACCGGCGACAUGAGAUGUGCCAAGGAGGAGAUAUUCGGGCCAAUAGCUGGCAUUAUCAAAUUUAAGACUGAGGAUGAAGUUGUUGGUUUAGCUAAUGCUACAACUUCAGGAUUAUCAGGGUACUUUUACUCCCGUGACAUCAGCCAGAUUUGGAGGGUGGCAGAACGUCUGGAGUCGGGACUCGUGGGUGUAAAUGAGGGGGUGAUCUCCAUGCCAGAGGUACCAUUCGGCGGAUGGAAGGAGUCGGGCUUGGGGCGUGAGGGUGGUCGCUAUGGUAUUGAGGAGUAUCUGGAGAUAAAAUACGUUUGUAUGGGAGGUCUUUAGUGAAGUAAAGAUCGACAACAAUCUGAAUCGUGAUUGGUCGGUGUUUAUAAAUUAGGGUUUUUGUGUAAGAAUAAAUUUUGCUGGUGAAAUACCUAGUAUUGAUUAUUUUCGUCCUAAAGAGAAUUGAUUGAAAGGAUUUGUUUUUAUCUUUAAGAAUUCAAGCAUGAUAUUGCCUAAUUAUUAAGUUAUAAAGAAAAGAAUUGCAUUUUUUACCACAUUUUUGUUGGAAUAUUAGUAUUUUUUGUUUUUAUUGAUCCUAUUUAAAGUGUUUAGAUGUAUAAGUGUUGGAUUAAUUUAAAGGAUAUGUUAUUCAUUAAUUCAUGAAUUGGAUUCGGCAGCAGGCAUAGCCUAUUUCAGCUCUCUCCCUAUGAAUAUAAGCAUUUGAUAUUAUUAUACAAAAUGAUUUAUAGAAAACAUAAAACAUGUAGACUGUCAAAAUGUUUAUCAGUCCUCUGAAAGGCAUUUAAAUGAAUAUUUUUUGUUUGAAAACUAAAGGACAAAAUACUGUACAUUUUGACGAGUAGUGAUUCAAAUUCUGCCACGUUUUUCGAAACCAUGAUAUACCCAUGAUGAUACACAGUGUUUUAAUAGCAUUGAAUUUAGGCUUGAUGUGAUAUUUUGAGAAGAUAUUAGAAUUUUAUCUUUGAUAAUGUUGACGAAAUUCAUGUGUGAUUAUUGUUCUCCAUAUGAUAUCUGCAUUUUAGCCAUCUUUGCAGUUUUCUUUUUAUCUGCGAAGUCAUGGGAUGAUAUCUAUAGUUUACACUCCAUUGCUUUACGCUAUGUCUGAUUCCAGGUUUAAUUGGAGUGUGAUUGAUUGAUUGGGGCUUUAUGUCUUUUAGGCAAUAUUUCAGCCAUUUUACGGCAGUAAACUAAUUGAAAUAUGUUUAUAUGCUGCUAUCAUGUAAUUAUACUAAUUUGGUGCUUGGUCCGAGUCAGAUCGUGUGAUUGAAAUGCAGUCCUUGUUGGAUUUUGUGUGAAUUUCAAAUAAAAAUUGUAACAUAUCCAAGAUCUACAUGUAUAUUUUAUAAAUUCAUGUAUAUAUAAAAAUAAAGAAAAUAUAACA